AUGGCAAAAUGUGCCAAGUGUAAUAAACUGGUGACCAAAAAAAGCCCUGGAUUGCAGUGUAGUAAAUGCUCCAAAUGGAUCCAUGCACAGUGUGCAUCCAUCACUGCCGAUCAGCUGAGUGCACUAAACUCAACUGACUCCGUGGACUGGAAGUGCCGUCCCUGCAACGGAAGCGCCCGCCCCAAGCGGUUGUCAUGCAUCAUGCCGGACGCGGACGAUGAAGAGGCCACCGACUCGGAGCAACAACAACCAACCAACAGUGACAUCACCCAACAUAUGCUAUCACAGAUAAGGAGAGAGGUACGCGAAGCCAUACGUAUGGAAAUGCAACAAGCAUUAUCUUUUUUCUCAGACAAAAUAGACGAGUAUGAGGAGAAGAUAAACAUAUAUGAACAGGAGCGCAAAAAUAUGGAAAAACAACAACAGGAACUCAAAAACAACUUGAACACUAUUACCCUGCGAAAUAAUAUGAUGGAGCAGCGGAUUAAUAUGCUGGAACAAUUACAGAUUAACAACAAUAUUGAAAUAUGCGGAAUUAAAGAAGAAAAAGAUGAGAACCUAACAAAUAUAUUAAAUACUAUAUGUUCCAAGUUGCAACAAAAACCAGCUGAUAUACAAAAAGUAUUCAGGAAGAAAUCACGCCAAACAAACAACAAUAGACGCGAGCACUCCGCCGUCACAGUCAUCCUGCGUGAUGGCUGCCGCAACCAGUGGGUCAACAGCGCGAGGGACACCCCCAUACACAGCAGGGACCUAGGCAUAGACGGAGACAACAGGAUCUACAUACGAGAGGAACUCACACCUUCAACUGCAUUCUUACUCUGGAAAACCAAGAUGGAAUUGAAGGAAAAACACCGCUUCAAGUUCGUAUGGAUAAAGCACGGGAAUAUAAUGGCGCGUAAGAACGAAAAUGAAAAAUACUUUGUUAUUAGGUCCCAAAGCGACAUCGAGAGAGCAGUCACCGAAACUCAGGACCGGUCUUAA